CGGAGUCCCACGUUAGUAAGUCGUAACUAGUAGUAGUUGGUUUUUCUUCCUUCGCAGACAAGCAGCAGGUUGUCAGCGUUUUAAUCGCAGAAAUGAACGGAAUGGACGAAGAACCAAUGGCACCACAGACCUUUCUUUACGGGUGCGUGCUGGAAGCUGGUAAAGAGGUGGUGUUCAAUCCUGAGGAUGACGACUUUGAGCAUCAGCUAGAUCUAAGGAUGGCCUGUGUGGACCCCGCUACGAAAGAUGAACUUCACAUGGUGGAGGUGGAAGGACAAGACACGGAGGGUCAGAAAAUCAAAGCAGCACUGGUUUCACUUAAGCCCUCUACCCUGCCAAGUGUGUGUCUCGGUGGUUUCACAAUCACACCCCCAGCAAUUUUCCGUCUGAAGGCAGGUUCUGGUCCAAUCCAUAUCAGUGGACAGCACCUUGUCAUGAUGGAGGCUGAUCAGUCUUUUGAUGAAGAUGAUGAUGAUGAAGAAGAGGAGGAGGAAGAAGAUGUCAGCACAUCAAAGAAACGACCUGCUUCCUCCCCCGCCCCCAAGUCUCAGAAAAAAAUGAAAAUGGAGGAGGAGGAGGAGGAUGAUGAGGAUGAAGAUGAUGAGAAAUCUGAUGAUGAUGAUGAGGAUGAUGAGGACGAAGAGAGCGAAGAAGAGGAGUCACCUGUUAAGGCCAAGCCAACACCAUCCAAACAAGGCCCUGCUCAGAAUGGCAAGAGUCCUAAACCCAGUGCCCCCGCCGCAAAGCAGGAAAAGACCCCUAAAGGUAAGGGUGACAAGUCACCUAAAACCCCACCAACUCCCAAAGCAAAUGUGACACUUCCAGAGAUUAAAGCCAAGCUGAUGGAGGCAGUGAAGAAGGGAAUAGCAUUACCUAAGGUCCAGCCCAGGUUUGAGAACUUCUUGAAGCAUGGUCAUAAAGUCACAGAUGCCAAGGUUAUUGCGGAGCUGUGGAAGUGGAGACAGACGGUGAAGGAUGCAAAAUAACAGUCUCAGUAGUUUUAUCUCCUUUUUAUGACUUGUUUAUACCCAUAGCGCACCUCAAACCCCUCUGAAGCCAAACUCUGUGCCUCACACGUCAUUAAUUCUAAGCCCAGUCCAUCACCACCGCCCGUCCUGUAUGAAGAGAUGAGAGGGAUGGUUGUAGCUCCCUCCUCCACCACCCUCUUAUUAGGGCAGAUAAAUGAUUUGUUGAAUUAACUCUGGGAGAACCAACUUACAAAUUUGCAUCUUUUGUAACUGUAUAAAUAAAACUCCGGCUGGAUUGUUGGCACCCCAGUA